AUGGAGAGUUAUUCUACACCGUCCAACGACAUCAUGAAUGGAACAAUGCUUCCUGAACAUGUCACUUCAACCGACAUCAAUGAUUACGGUGCCGACGUCGUCUGGGUUCUACCGGCUUACAUCGUCAUCAUGACCAAUGUCUCUAUCGCCAUCCAAAUCACUCUUCUCAUCGUGAUAUUUUUCGGAAAUUCUCUGGUCGUGAUCCUCGUCGCCAAGAACGAACAGCUGUGGACGAUGUCGAACUUUUUCGUAGUCAGUCUCGCGUUCGCCGACGUUCUCGUCUCGUUGUCGAUGAUCCCAGGGGUGUACCUAACCCUCAAUCCUACCUUUGCGAAUGGAGUGUACACGUGUCUGCUGGUGUGGUGUCCUAUCAUAUUUUCAACCAGUAUAUCGUGUCUUUCACUGACCAUGAUCACACUCGAUCGCUACAUCAAGGUCGCCCACCCCUACGUCUACCACUCCGUCGGCACGGAGCGCAGUGUCCUUAUCGCUAUCGUCAGCGUGUGGAUCUACAGCAUCCUCAUCGCCAUGGUGCUACCGUUCGCCGGCAUCCAUUCCCUUGUCCCCGGGCAAGUAUUCUGCUUCGAGUUCGGUGCCGUCUUCGAUGUCAUCCACCUCCAUUUCUUCCUCAUCGCCAACGGUAUCAUCCCCUUUAUCAUCAUGAUCGUCCUCUACUUUCAUCUCUUCAUCAUAGUCCUACAGAAGAUUAAGUCCGAUCGUCGCAUCAUGCCUCAGGUGGGUCAUCAGCAAGCAAAUCGACCACGCUCUGAGCUCAAGUCGAUCAAAACCCUCGUCAUCAUCCUCGGGUUCACUUGCAUCGCGUGGAUCCCAAGCAACGCGCUCGUGUUUAUUGAUCUCUACACGCCCCAGUACGCGCCCGGUCUCGUUCCCCGCACCAUCCUGAGCUGGCUCACAUACCUCAACAGCGCGGUCAAUCCGUUCAUCUACGCGCUGCGCAGUGAAACAUUCCGCGUCGCCGCGAAGAGAGCAUUCUCGAUUACGACCGAGACUUCGCUCGUCUGGUGGAUAAACAGCGUGCGAGGGAAUCCUUCGAGAGUGCACCCUCAGUCGGGGAACAACACGGCGCAGAGUAACGGGAGAGAAGACAUCCGCGAUGGGUCUGGUAGCGGCGAUGACACAAGCGGCUUCCCGUCAUCAAUGGCUGUUGAAUUACCCGAUAACAGCAAUCGAUUGGAUAUCUUGCCUUGAGCGAUCAUAUUUUUCCUUCAAUCGUUCUCUGUUCGCUCAAAUUCAUCGCCACCAAUCGAUUGGAUAUCCUGUCUUAAACGAUAUCAAA